UGUAGCCUUGGCAAAAGAAAGGUUACAUUGUACUUGUAGUAUUCCAUAAAAGCACAACGAAGUCAGAAUGUCAGGGAUUUAUGAAAUGGACUCUGAUGAGAUGUCAGAUGAUGAUGAAGUUCCGGAUAUGCCCUCCCUCUGGCAUUCUGCGAUUCACACCAAUGAUAUCUUGGGCUGCACAGAACAGGUCAGUUCCUUUGUAUCUCAGGGUGCAUUGUCCAGUCCAGUUUCAUCAUUAGAGUCCUCAUCACAAUCCUUUUCCUUGGAAAAGCUUCUGACAGAACACAAGGAACACAUACGAGUAGAGAAAGAAGUCGAGGAAAUCAGAACAUUAUUACAGACAAAGAGCGGAGGUUUCAUAAAUGCCAUUGAGGAUGAUAAUGAACUGUCUGGACCUGCAGGCAAAGGACUUCAGGACCAACAUGCACGGGUUCUGAAGCAGUUUCACAUGCAUGACUCGCGUAUGCGUCAAGAGCGCCCAGGCAUGCAUGUGUUCCAUCCUGAGCGGUACCUGUGCAACUUUGACGCGGGUCUUCAUCCAUGUCACUGUGGUUUUAGAAAUGUGAAUGAUUCUGUGAUUGAGAAACACGUGCACAAUCUUGAAGCACAUGAGUACAAACAGCUGCUCACCAAGGGUGCCAUUCCACACUGCUUGGGGAAAAUAGUUUGCAAAGAUGAAUUCAUGAGAUGGAUGUUCUUGUUAAUGUCUGUGUAUGAAGACCAGGAAAGCCUCCCAGAUCUCUUGCACAAAGUAAUAGAGAUCAUACACAGGGAUCCAGGAUGGCGCCCUGCGGUAUCUGACAUAUGCAGCAUUUUGGUUAAUUAUGGUGCAACUGAGGAAGAACUUUUAGGGAAAAAUGAAAAUCAUUUUUCUGACAGGAGCAAGUGUUUGGUUCAGCCAAAUUAUAAACCAAAGUCUAAGGACAGUCCUUCCAAUGGAUUCAGUUUAGAAAAUUUAGAGGCGGUUCUUCAGGUGUUAACAGAAGCGCUGACUUCUAGCGAGAACAGCUACUGUGGGAUGGAACUCAAUGUCUUACUGCAUGCAGUGUGUUUGAUUUCCCUUGAUGUACGACUGGACAACAUGGCCCUGUUAUGUACCAUACAGCAGUGUGUCACGGCCAUUCUAGACCACUACACCGAGGUUGACUGGAGACAGCAGAGAUUGUAUUUGAGCAGAAUGUUGGGCACAAUGUCCACAGUGGCGCAGGAGAAGCAACAUUUGAAGGCACAAGACAGGGCAAGCACUAACGAGCAGGAACAAUUGGAGGCACAAGACAGGGCAGGCAUUAACGAGCAGAAACGCUUAGAGGCACAAGACAGGGCAGGCAUUAACAAGCAGGAACAAUUGGGGGCACAAGACAGGGCACGCACUAAUGAGCAGGAAGAAUUCGAGGCAAAAGACAGGGCACGCACUAAUGAGCAGGAACACUUAGAGGCACAAAACAGGGCACACACAAACGAGCAGGAACACUUAGAGGCACAAGACAGGGCACGCACUAACGCCCACAACAUGGCUCACAUAGUGGACGUUAUACUGCCAACAGAGCGGGGUUUCUACCUGCAUCGGGGCAUGGGGUAUGUCAUGCUGCAUAGCAUCCUGGGAACCUCACAGACGGUUACUGAUGAAGAGCUGAGCAAUCUAGAGAUUCAAGACCUCAUUCCAUUCAUUGACUACAUAGAUGACCUGUUGAAGACUGACCCUUACUUGUUGUCCAGUGUGAUUUUGAUACUGGGCAAGUGUGUGGGGCCAAAUAUAUCACUGUCACCCCAUGAACAGGAGCAAUUGAAGAGCUUGAUGGAGAAGUUGAAAUGUAUCCGUGUCAGUGAUGAUCUUGGGAUACUAGACAGAACCCUGGUGAAGGACAUGAUUGCCAGACUCACUACUAGAUGGAACCUGAACAUCCAAGCUGGCCGCAGCAAACAGAUGAGAUUAUUUGAGUUCAGUUCACCAGCCAAGAAGAUGAAGAUAACACAAGUACAGAGCCUACAAGCUUUGUCAGACUCAGAUGACGAUAUGGAACAGGGCAAUGGUGAAAUGGGGACUUGAAAAUGAUGAAAUGGGGACUUUAAAAUGGUGGAAUCGAGACCUGAAAAUGGUGAAAUGGGGACUAAAAAUGGUGAAAUGAGGACUUGAAAAUUGUGAAAAGGAGACUUGAAAAUGGUGAAUGGAGACUUGAACAUUGUGAAAUGAUGACUUGAAAAUUGUGAAAAGGAGACUUCAAAAUGGUGAAAUAGAGAUUUGAAAAUAGUGAAAAGAUGACUUGAAAAUUUGUUAAAUGGACACUUAAUCAUGGUUAAAUGAUUUGAAAAUAAAAAUAGGGCAAGAGAGACUUAAAAAUAGUAAAAUAGAGACUAUAAAAAUGCCUGGGGUCAAUGAGAUUAAAAGAUGUCUUAUUUUCAAUGUGAAAACAUAUAAAAGGUCAAUAUGCAAUCUCUUCUUUAGAGCCAUUGUACAAUGAAUGGUCAACUAAUUUUUAAACUAAACGCCUGUGAGCAGCAUUUCGAUCUCGUGGUUAAUAAUGCUGGUAAUCAUUUUACAGAAUGCACAUGUUUAAAUUUCGACCAUAGUUGGAUUUGACCUUUUCCCCAAGGGAUGACAUACUGACUUCAAAUGGUGAGCAUUUGUGGUAAAUUAUUUACAGAUUGCAUGAUAAAUAGUGAAGAUGAA